GGGCUUGUGUAUCCCGGUAUGUCCCAGCUUGAAGGUGUCCAGGUCAGGGCUGAUUGUGCUGUGGUCAAGAUUGACUUACUGCAUGAGUUUGCUAAGAAUAUCAAGCUGGAUGUGCCACCAGAUGACAUGACCACCACUUUGCGGGAUGCAGUUGCGAGAAGGGUUCAGUGGCGGAGAGCUGGUAUUGAUAUUAAUCCAGCAGAUGCAGAUUCAGUACCGACCACUGAACCUCAGCCACAGAGUCCUGCAGUGCCACCGACGUUUUCUGAGCCAUGGCCACAGCUGCCGGAUACAUGGGAAGCGUUACCGGAUCCGCAUCCUCCUGUCCCUACUCAGCCUCAGAUUACCCCCCCUCCACCUGUUCCGACAGAGCCAGCUACCGCUCCCAAGAAGCCAAGCAAGGCUAAUCCUGUGAGGAAGAAGCAGAGUAGGCCGAUGGCGACAAAGCGGGAGAUCUCAGAGGGUAAGAAAAAGGUGGAGCGGAUAAAACACCCGGUUACAAGGGCUUACACUUCUGAGAAUCCAAAGUACAGGGUUGGAAAGUCCUUGCUUAGUGUCCCUGAGCUUCAGACAGCAGGUCAAUAUUGUGUGGACCUGCACAACUACUACAUGCGCAAUGCACAUGCAACAAGAGACAAGGCGUCGAACCGGAAAGAAGUGUGGGUACAUUGA